AUGGGAAAGCCAACCAGAAAGUCCCGACAAGUUCUGGACGAAGAGGCCACCACUGUGAUCCAAGAAGACAUUACAGCCGAGUCUGUGUAUGAUUUUUAUCGGGAAAAUGUCCUGCCUGCCAUUUGGGCAUCGCUACCGAUACUUGCCGGUCGGGUCGUCCGUGAUUCCAAGGAUUAUCUCUUGCUGGGCGGUUCCAAGUUUCUAGAGUUCCUGUUACCCAAGGGUAUAUUGGAAUCGAUGGAAGACACCGAAUGGCCUUCGACGCCAUUUGGACUGCAACAACUGUGGGAACAAACCAUGCAGAGUCAUGCCAGUGGCAUUAACCCCAAUGCCGUGGAAGACUUUCUACUCAAACACUUCGACUCCAAUGGAGAUGGACAUAUCGAACGCUCCGAACUUCUCAACAUGACGGAAUUCAUGGAACGAUGGCAUGCCAGUGUCACCACGCCCAGUUCUUGGACCCAAUGGGUAUCACGCGAAUGGCCACUCAUGGACUGGAAAGUGGGAUUGUUCCUCUGGAGAGCCUUUGGAGGGAUACUCAUGACUCUCUGUGUCUUGAGUAUCAUUCCAGGAAAGAUGCAUGGCAUCUCGGCACGUAUCCUGCGUUGGCCCGUACUGGCAUUGACCUACUUUUUGAUUGCAGUCGAGCUCUGUGUCUAUGUCGUCAUUCGAUUGGGGAUUCGAUUGGCCGAAUGCCUCGUCGCCAAACCCAAACAUCGGGCCCUCCGCAAGCGAAUGGCAAAGGCCAAAAGUUAUCAGGAAUGGUACGAACUAGCCUCGCAGCUCGACAAGUCCCAAAAGCGAGACAAGUGGCAAGCACAGUUGGAUGCCAACACGGCCGCUUCCAAACGAUACAAUUGGUCUUUCAUUGUCAACCUGAUGAAGGACAUGAAACAUGCACGAGAAGCGGGAGACUCACUACAGGCAUUGGCCGUCUUGCAACAAUGUACUAGAAAGAAUGUAGGAGGUAUCAUGAGUGAAGAUUUGUUUUGCUACACCAACACGGGAGAACCCAUGCACAUUGUGCGAGACUUUAUCCAAGAGGUGGCCAAAACCAUGGAAUGGGUCACCGAUGAAGCACUCAAACUUCCCGAUGAUCCAGACGAUGACGGGGAGGAAAAUAGCGCCACCAUUCGGGAUUACGAAGAGUCACUCGAUCUCAAAAUGCGCCAUGAAAAGGACAAGAUUUGGAGAUCACUCAUUGGCUUUGCUACCAACGCAUUGGACAACUUUGGCAGUGGUAAUGACUUUGACACGGCAAAGCGAUCCAACUCCUCCUCGUCGUUCAAGCAGCAAUCUACUGGCGAUUCAGUGUCCUCCUUGGAGUCCUUGGCAGAGGGACAGCAACAACAACAACCGCCGCCAACUCUCAAAAAGAAAAAGAACAAGACAACAUUGCCAUCCUUUCAUAGAAAGCAAGUCGCGGAUAUCUUUAAGCGAGCGCGCGCUGCGUAUGGACGAACAGCACUCUGUUUGAGUGGUGGCUCGACUAUGGGAGCCUAUCACUUUGGACAUAUUCGAGGUUUGCUGGAGGCCGGGGUGUUGCCCAAUAUUAUCAGUGGUACCAGUGCCGGAGCUGUCAUUGCAGCGAUCAUCUGUACUCGAACUGACGAAGAGCUGUUACAAGAUAUGAAGCCGGAAGUCAUUGUGAAACGAUUGACCUGCUUUUCCAGGUCGUGGCCAGACCGCAUGAAGAGCUUGUCAGAGAAUGGAAAUCUGUUUUCACAACAAGAAUGGCUUGAUUUGAUCAGGUGGUUCACGAUGGGCGACAUGACGUUCGAGGAAGCCUACCGCAAAACCGGUCGCAUUUUUUGUGUUACGGUAUCAGCAACAACCAAGAAGGCUCCUCCUGUCUUGCUCAAUCACUUGACUGUGCCAAACGUCACCUUGGCCUCGGCCGUUGUUGCCAGCGCGGCUGUUCCAGGUUUUAUUCCUGCCAUGAAACUACAGUACAAGAUGCCAGACGGAUCAGUCCGCGAGAAUCCCCGAGAUCAAACCUACUUUGAUGGCUCCAUUGAUAGCGAUAUCCCCGUCAAUGGUCUAGCAGAGAUGCUCAACUGUCAGUUCUUCAUUGCUGCACAAGUGAACCCGCACAUUGUCCCUUUCUUCUUUAACCCCAAAGGAGGCGUGGGCAGACCGUGUCGUUGGUCCAGCGGUGCGCACGAGCACAGUUGGAGAGGUGGAUUUCUGCUCGCUACACUGGAAAUGUAUCUGAAGAACGAUAUGAAAGCCAAGAUGCGGUUCUUGCAUGAUAUGGAGGCCGCUGUUGGCUUCACAUCGACUCUCUUGACACAAGAGUUUCACGGUAGCACAACCCUGGUUCCUCAGGUCUCCAUAAUUGACUAUCCAAAGCUUUUCAGCGACUUGAAUCUCAAUGACUUGUACCGAGUGUACCAAGGAGGAUCUAUUACUGCAUACGAGCACACUGCUAUGAUCAAGACGCACUAUCGGAUAGCAGACACCCUUGACAAUUGCCUGGAAGCACUUCGCACGGGCAAGAGGGAACUGAACCCUAGCAGAGACAGACCCGUGUUACGCAUUGAGUGCCACCCUCCAGUGGAGACCAUUCCGCUCGAGCCCGCUCGGCAGCGAAAGGGCUCCGAGAAUGACACGUUGUCGACGCAUUCUUCAGUCCACGAUGGCGACGAUGACACCACAUCGACACCCAGUAAGUGGGAAACCAUUCAACCUCGGAAGGAGACCAUGGAGAGAAGCUAG